GAAAAUUUGCAAGCUUCCUUUUAAUGUGCUUUGGUAGGAUAGUUUCAACGUUUAUGCCUUUAAAAUAUUCCAGACUGAAGGAAUGGGUAUCUUUUCUAGAAUGGAACUACUAGUCCACUUGUUUCCCAAGCUUGGCAACUUAAAAUACUGGGUGGGGAAUUCUGGGAAUUGAAGUCUACCUGUCUUAAAGUCAUUCAAGUUGAGAAAGUUUGACCUAGUCUCAAGGGCCAUCCUCCUCAAUAGAAUAGAAUAGAAUAGAAUAGAAUAGAAUAGAAUAGAAUAGAAUAGAAUAGAAUAGUUUAUUGGCCAAGUGUGAUUGGACACACAAGGAAUUUGUCUUGGUGCAUAUGCUCUCAGUGUAAAUAAAAGAAAAGAUACGUUCAUCAAGAAUCAUAAGGUACAACACUUAAUGAUAGUCAUAGGGAACAAAUAAGCAAUCAGGAAACAAUAUCAAUAUAAAUCGUACGAUACAAGCAACAGUUACAGUCAUAAGUGGAAGGAGAUGGGUGAUGGGAACGAUGAGAAGAUUAAUAGUACUGCAGAUUUAGUAAUAGUUUGACAGGGAGUUGAGAGAAUUAUUUCUUUAGCAAAGUGAUGGCAUUCGGGAAGAAACUGUUCUUGUAAAUAAAGAGAUAGUCAAGCUAUAUCAAAUCUGGGUAUUCAUGGUGUGUGAGUGUGUGUGUGUGUGUGUGAGAGAGAGAGAGAGAGAGAGAAGUCAAGAUGGCCACAAAUGAUGCAACCUUUUGUAUUCACCUAAGGUGGCUGUGGUUGCCACUAUGACUUGGGGCAGGCCAGGGCCAAUUUAAGACUCACAGGAGUGACGUUCCUCUUCCUUGGCCAGUAGGAAUGCAAGGUUGAACACAACUGAUAGGAAGUGCUAAGACGAGUCUUUGGAAAAGGAAUCCCUUCAUUUCCUCCAAAAUUUUUCCUUGCAAUGACAAAGUCAAUGGCUGAUGAAAGGAGAACGCAGUUAGAACAAUAUCUACAGAACGUUUCCGUUGAUCCAAGUGUUACAAACAGUGAGGUCUUUAUUAGUUUCUUUAGGAAAUUACAGCAGGAAACAUUUAAAAUCCAAACCCAACAAGCUUUUUUGGAUGUUUAUCUUCCUGGUGGAAGGUAUCUCAGGAUUGAUAUUCAGACAUCAGAUACUGCUGAAAGAGUGCUAGAGGUGAUAUCAUACAAGAUUGAACUUUCUAGGGAGCUAAUACAAUACUUCGGCUUAUUUCUUAUUCAAGAUCACAACAAUGGACAAAUAUCUGUGUUGAAAAAACUAGCAGAAUUUGAACUUCCUUAUGUGAGUCUCCGGAGUGCAAAAGAAUCGGCUUUUAAGAUUGGGAUCAGAAAAUGGUAUAUGGAUCCUUCUCUAGAUAAAGUGUUGAUGGACUGUAGAACUUCAGUGAACUUACUUUAUAUGCAGGUUGUACAAGAGCUAGAGAUGAAUUGGGUCAAACCUACUGAGGAACAGAGGCAGAUGCUUCUAAUGCUGCAAAAAGCACCAAAUAAACUGAAGUUUUUAGAGCUGGUUCGAGAAAUCCAGCAUUAUGGAUAUAUACAACUUGCUCCUUGUUCCUGUGACUACCCUGAAGUUGGUUGUACUGCUACUAUUCAUGUGGGAAAUAAUGAAAUUAGCUGCUGCAUAAAGUUGCCUGGCAAUCAGAUCAAAGAGGUCAAUUUCAAAAUCAACAGGAUAAGGUGCUGGCAAGUCACAUUUCUAGGAUCAGUUUUAGGCCACGGACUUGAUCAAUUCUUGGAACUCAGAAUUGAGUACAAUGAAUCGGAUAAGUGGAGAUGGAUUGUCUUCAAUACAAAGCAGGCAUUCCUUCUGAGCAGUUGCUUAAAAAAGAUAAUAUCGGAGCAGCUGAUGACAACAACCAAGAAUGAUCAAGAGAUGCAGAUUGAGCAUCCAGAAUCAGAUACAGCUAAGAAAGUAAGCAUCCGUCCAAGUCAGAUAUUUCAUUCUGGUUUUAAGUCACGAAAAUGGCUACACAGUAGUAGAUCAAAUGAGGACGAUUGUGUAUUUGAGAAGAUAAGCGAAGAAGAUUUGUGACUGACACUGAUACAAAGAGUAUUCAUUCUUGCUGGUUUUAAAAUAUCACUUAGCCAGGAUCCUUACUGGCAAGUUGCAUCAUUUAGGGUCCCAGCCAUUACAGGUAGUCCUUGACUUACGACCACAAUUGAGCCCAUAAUUUAUGUUGCUAAGUAAGACAUUUGUUGAAUUUUGCCCCACCUUUCUUGCCACAGUUGUUAUGUGAAUCACCGCAGUUGUUUAGUAACAUGGUUGUUAAGUGAAUCUGGCUUCCCCAUUGACUUUGACUGUCAGAAAGCCCACAAAAUGUGACCCCAAGACACUGCAACCGUCAUAAAAACGAGUCAGUUGACAUGCGUCUGAAUUUUGAUCAUGUGACCAUAGGAUGUUGCAACGAUCAUAAGUGUGAAACAUGGUCAGAUGCCACCUUUUUCAGUGGCAUUGUCACUUAGAACUGUUGUAAGUUGAGGCCUACCUGUACUACGUCAAAAUUACAAGAGGACAGGUUUUAUAUUGUUUUAAUAACAGCCAAUGCAAGAGUCCUCAAGCACUGGAGAUCAAUUUGCUGCAGCUAGGAGAAUUUGUAAAUAUUUUACCCAUGUUUGUUUUUGUAUUUUUUAAAAAAGACCUUAAAAUGAGAAAUAGAUCUUAGAUCAAAAUAACACCUACCAUUCCCUGAAAUUGUCAGACAAAAUGUACUUAAAUGUUUGGGCAACCAAAUCCUUAUUACUGUUCUUUUGGGAUACAAACUUUCCCAGAUGCUUUAAUCAGAAGAUAAAUUAUGCAAUGUGCUGAAUGAUAGCAAGAAUUUCGUAUGUAGAAAGUAUAGUGUCUAAAAAUCUCCUAUUUGAACUGGAACUCACUUUAUACAAGCCGAAAAUGUAUUUGUAGGGCAUUUUUACAGCCCCAUAAUUUUAUCUAGGAAUUCUUCAUUGAAAAAUCUACGUGGUUUGAUUACUCUUCCCCCUUUUCCUUCUUUGUACUGAUAAGUGAAAUAAACUGCCGUUUCGACUAUUGGAAUGAUUCCAAUGCAUUACAAUAUUGUCUAAUGUAGUAUUUUUGUGAAGAGUUUUAAAAUAAUAAUGUAAUAUGAGAGGUACAGUGUGAUAAA